AUGCAAACACAUAACUCAAUUUCGUUAAUACUUUCUUAUUCUCUCUUUCUCUCUUUCUGCACCCGAACACCCGCAGCUCAUCUCAUCGCCUCACUCUUUCACCACAUGCUUCAUCGUAUUCUUGGAGGCAUCUACCUCUCUUCUUACGAGCCAUUGAGGAGCAACGAAAAUCUCGAUGCAUACAAUAUAACACACAUUCUUUCGGUGGUUCCUGGACCAAUUCCAGAAUCAUAUACUACAAAGUACCAGUGGAAACAAGUUCCAAUUCUUGAUCUUCCAACGGAAAAUAUCAUUCAAUAUUUCCCAGAAUGCAAUGAUUUCAUAGACAGGGCUUUGUUUCCUGAAGGAAAACAGCCUGGUGUCACUCAACAUGGCGGAGCAGUGCUUGUGCAUUGUCAAGAAGGUGUUUCGAGAUCGGUGACAGUGGUGAUGGCAUACUUGAUGUACCACUACAAGCUCUCUGUUCUGCAAUCUCUACAUGCUGUCAAGCGACGGAAUGGUGCUGCAGAGCCUAAUACGGGCUUCAUGGAGCAGCUCCAGUUGUAUUUUGACAUGAACCUCACUCUAGACACAAAUAAUCCCGACUACAAAAAGCUCUUGGUAAACUUGAAUCUUCGCAAAGAUCCCAGCGGAAAAUCACUUAUGGACAUCUAUGGAAGCAAUACCAGCCCCCAGGACACUCCAAAAGUUCAUAAUGCUCAGCUAAGGUGCAAGCGCUGCCGGCAGGUACUUGCCUUGAGCUCACAAAUCGAAACUCAUGUACCACCAGAAGCUGAUUCUCGCCAAGCUCAAUUCAUAAAAACAGCCCCAAAUUCUCGUCGAAUCAUCGAUGUGAAGCCAGCGUCUCCAUCGUGCUCGCAUUACUUUCUUACGGAGCCUUUGAACUGGAUGAAAGACGAACUUCAAGGAAAGGGAGAAUUAGAUGGGAAGUUUCAGUGCCCUAAAUGUAAUAGCAAAGUCGGAGGAUAUAGCUGGAAAGGUACUCGGUGUUCAUGUGGAAGGUGGAUGAUCCCAGCUUUGCAUGUGCAAACUGCAAAAGUGGACUUUGUGAAGACAGGAGGAAGCCAAAAACUUGUAAUAGGUGAGUAG